CCUUGUAUGCUGUUUACUUUAGAUACUUUAGAGAAUGUCAAAAUUAUUUCCUGUUGUUAGCAUUUCAUAUUUGGCAACUGAAUAUGUCUCUGGAAAACGAAGUAAAGAUCAUUUUCAUACUGAUCCAACCAUCAUAUCAUUAGCAAAAGAAAUUAAAAAUGCAUUUAUGGAAUGGGGGUUUGUUUAUUUCGUUGAUCAUGGUAUAAAAAAAGAUCUUAUACAAAAAGCUUUUGAAACAUCAAAAUCCUUUUUUGGUUCUGAAGAAUCUGUAAAACGAAAAUUUGUACGACAAAACACUGGUGAAAAUUGGGGAUGGGUACCAUUUAAUGUGGAAACAUUUGAAAAGUCUCGUCCAUAUGAUUUAAAGGAAUGUUUUAAUUUUCUACCGAAAGAUCAGUUUUUCUCAAAAAUGGAUGACACCCUACCCGAAUUUAUGACAGUUCAGUCAAACUUUUUUAAUGCUUGUAAGGAAUUAAGUAUUCACGUGUUACGACUCCUAACAUUGAUGCUACCAGUCGGUAACGCAGAUUUUUUGAAUUCAAAACACAUACAUAUUGGACAAGGAAACUUGAAUGCAUCAAUAUCUAGACAAUUGUUUUAUCCACCGAUUAAUGGUAAAGAAAAUGUUUUGGAAAAUCAAUUAAGAUGUGGAGAGCAUUCUGACUAUGGAACAUUGACGUUUUUGUUUCAAGAUGAAGCUGGAGGUCUACAGGUUGUAAAUCCUAACGGAGAUUAUGUUGAUGCCACCCCUGUAGCAGACAGUAUUGUUGUCAAUGUUGGCGAUAUGUUAGAAAUCUGGAGUGGAGGGAAGCUGAAGUCAACAAGACAUCGAGUUGUUGUUCCACAUAAUUGUGAACGUGCCCGACAGUCACUAACUUUAUUUAUUCACCCUGAUAAUGAUGUUACAGUUUCGUGUCUUGGUGGUUCAAACAUUUAUGAACCAGUUAAUCCGUAUCAGUAUUUGAUGGGCAAGUUUAGUGAAACGUAUGGAUAGUUUUUUAUUGUUUUAUCCUAAUGUUUAUACUCGUGAAGACUACAAAAAGAAGCUGAGCAAGAUUGCUGUAGUAAUAUAUUUAUCUUGAAUAUAAAAAGAAUCAAACUGGCAGGAAGAGAACAGAAAAGAAGUAUUUAUUUAUAGAAAUAAUACUGAAAGUAAUGCAAAUCUCACACUCUAAGAGAACCUAGUUGGAUAAUUAAUUUUCUACAUGUAUUUCUACACAAAACAAAUAGAAAAAAUUCAACUUUCCUCGGAACAAAACGGAAAUGAAAAUGUUUUAAUCAUGUCGUCGCAUCAAAAUAAAAGAGUCUUAAAUCAAAUUUGUACAUUUUGAAAAAGUCGUUUUCAAUCGUGAGCUAAAAAUUAACAGGCCUGAGAUGAGCAAACAAGUGUCAUUUUGUCAUUAAAUUUUAUGAUCAAUUCACCUUUGUAAUAUGUAUGCAUUAAUAAAGUUUAAAUACACAUAUCUUAUCAGAUUUAAAAUUACUGAUGACAGAAAAUUUCAAAAUUUGCUAUAACUUAAAUAUGACUUCAUAAUUUAUGCAGUAUAAUUAAAUCUGAAAUUCUUUAAAUGUGUCUUUAAAUAUGAAUAUCUUAAGAACGAAAAGAUCUUUUAAAAAAUUUCAAAAGAUUUGUUAACCAACUUUUUAAGCUCUAUAAUAUAAGCCCAACAUUAUUUUAUACCUCAGGUUCCCCUUAAGGUUAUUUAACACUGAACAGUUAAAGAGAAUAUGGACCUAACCCUCAGGCUUAGGAGACAUGAUGUCAACCUUAUUCCAUAGUAAUCACAGACUUGAAACCUUCCACAGACAUUAUAACUCUUUUUUAUAUCAGUGUUUUUGUAAUAGCUUAAAACCACAAUAAGUACAAGUCCAACUUGUAACACAAUUUCAUGACAAGCAGUGAAACUAAAAUUACGAGACCCUUCUUUACUCCUUGCUAUGAAGCACUUCAUUAAUGAGGUUGCUAUUUCACGAGAAACUUUGCUACAUUCUACUUCACUCUAAAAGAAACAACUGGUUUUCAUUCUCCCAAUAUCAGUCACAGUAGAGUUUUAACUAGUUAAUCUUCUUGAAAAAUAAAAUAAACUUGUUUCACCAAAAGGGCAGAGUAGCACUUUCUGCAGGUCAAAUGCAGUUAUUAACAAUGUGGAAUCUCCCUCGGCUUCUUUAAUUUUCUGUCCUAGAUUUUUAUCUCAUAGAUGAUUUUCUUGUGCAAAAUACAUUUCAUCUGUUACGUUUUCAGGUGGGAGGUUUUUGUAUUGUUUUUCAUGACUGUUUGUAGUUGUUUUUCAUCAAUACAAUACGGUAUUGUGAAACAUUUUUGCAAACACAGGAACUGCGUCACCAUCAUGUAACAGUGUGCAUUUCUUGGUGUACUCCUUGUUACUGGAAAUAGGCUUGUUUCUCUUCCUUAUACGUUUCGUUGCAUUUUUAGUAACCAGGACUGAUAUUUCCUGUGAUUGAAGAGACUUAAAAUAUUUUCUUUGCAUUUUAACCUACAUGUGUCUUUGCAUGGUGACUUAAUAUGACGUGCUUUAACUUUCUUAUUAAUUAUUUCAUCAUUUCUUUUCUUUACCUCACAUUCGAACUCUUUUCCUGAGUUCAAUAUGUUUUCCUUAAAUUUUGAACCCAUUUUUUUCUUCGGAUCCCCGCUUUCUUUCUACCCUUGAAGUUGGAUUUUUUGGCUCAGUUCCCAACUUCUCAAUGUUUGUUUUCAUUGACAGCCUUUUGAUGCUUUUUUUUGUUCCAAAAUAUUGGACAACCUGCUGACAUUGUAUCAUUUUCAAAUUCUGCCCAGUUUAUUACUUCUCUCAGCAAUUUGGUAACAAAACUUUUUCCUGAAGAAGCUGUAUUUCUUUUUCAUGCAUAGUUGAAUUUGAAGAUAUCUGUUACAUAUACACGCACACACAGUCUUUGUAUUAUUAUAAGAGAUAUUCCUUUCCCAUGUAAGUUCAAGGUCACUAAUUGGGAUCUAAAAAAAAGAUUAAAUAAUUUUUACUCUCAACUAUCAUUUUUAUUGUAUAUCUAGAAAUCCAAAACUGUUUCACAUCUUGACAGGGUCACAAUUUUGUGUUUAAUCACCUAUCUAAUUUCUUUAGCAGAGGACACAUCAUUACAAAAGCUUGUAAAAUAAAAAGUUUAUAUGCCUCUCAUGCUGUGUUCUGGUAUAUUGUAGGUGUAUUUGUAUGUGUAUAUGCAUGCAAUGUGUUUGUGUUUCUGUGUAAUAUUUAUGAAUGUCUUUUGAAUCAUUAACCUAUCAAUAACUAAGGUAUAUAAACGAGUUAAUCUAAAAUCUGUCUUGAAUAAGAUUUGAACUGCAAUCUAACCAAUAAGGUACACGCAAUAAUAAUGUCUCAAGGGAAUCCCUAAGUCAAUAAUAAAUUUACCUUUUAGCUCUACUUGCUUAGAGCUUUCCAGUAUUGCUGGAUCAUUAAUUACAGAACCUUGAAAAAAAUAAAACAGAAUUUUAUUUUCAGAUUAAAAGUCAGCGAACUUUUUCUCAACUUUUGUUCUUCCCAUACUAUAUUUUCUCCAAUAAACGUUUACAACAUUUUUAGUGGACGUUUAUUAGAAGGGCAUUAAUAAGAAAGGGGCGUUUAUCCACAAAAUAUAUUUUUUGAUAUGUUAAAUAUUUUUAAUAAUUCUCAAUACUUUCAAAGUGAUCUUCUUCACCAAUUAAAUUCUCUUCAAUAUUGACGUCUUCAAUGUCUGAAUUAUAUUUUUCUUAAUAAACGCCCCCUUUCAUCACACUAGGGUUGGUUGUAAAGUAGGUAUAUGAAAUAGGUAUAACUUGUAACCCCCGUUUGUUUUGUUUUGCAGAACAGCAAUUGUUACCUUGUGCCUUUAUGGAAUCAAUUUCAUUGCACAGCACAUUAAUUUGAAAGUCACAUUCUUCACCAUCUACAUUCCACUUUAUAGUGUAUUUUUCACCAAAUCUUUUAACAACAAUGCCAAACACUCUAGCAUUGGCCCACACUUUUCCAAAGGUUCUAUAGGAUCAAUAAUCUUCCUAAUAUUUUGCAUUUUUGUCAAAGCGUCAAGCUUCAGUUAAAACUUGAGAACAAGUUUUUAUUCUUUUCAUUUGUUUCUAAUUUAACUUAUAAUUUAAUUUAACUAAUUCUGUCAUAACUAAUUACUUUUAUACUUUGCAAAUUAACAUAGUUAAACACUACACUAUUUUUUUAUAAGCAACUUUUAGAAUUUUGAGUUGCUUGUUUUUCGCUAAUAUCUAGAUCUAAAGUUGCUAAAAUGUAUGUUUGAUUGAUAACCUAAUACUAAAUAUGUUCAAAACAUAAUCGAAUACUUAAUAUUGCGUAGCAUUGCAGUUAAUAUGAACUGUACAUAUUUUUUAUAUAUGAGAAGCACGUUUAUAAGUGAUGUAUGGAAAAAGUCAUUGCAGUUUUAUUUUUCUGUGAGUUUUGGUCAUUUCUUUCAAGUGUUUUUAUUUUUUUAUUUUCAAGAGCUGCUCAUAUUUAAAAUUGUACAGAACUAAAGUUGCUUGAUAUUUUUUUUAGUUACUUAAAAAAAUUAUGUAUCAUACUAAGUGGUGACAUUACUGGCAUUGCAAUUUAACAUAAUAAAUGCUGUAAAAAUAUUCAUCUUUUAUUCACUGUGCAACACAUUUUUUCAAUACAUACCACAUAGGAAUGGUUUGACUUUUUCUACUGCUUGUUGUCGCUUUAGAUUUCGUAAUACAAUGUCUUGCUCCAUAUUGAUUUUUGCAUCCUUUACCAAGCAGAGCUUGUCACCAGGAUUUUUUGACCGAAAGCAUCUGCAUUUUGUAGGUCAUUUGCCCUGCACAUUCACGCAGCUUGUGGUUUAUCCAUUCGUAGCCUCUAAUAUUUAACAAAAAAGACCGAGAAAAUAAAACAAAUCAUCCAUUAGCAUUUACCUUAAAUUCAUAAUUAAUGUUUUAUCAUCGUGCUCGUACAGAUUAAGGGAUUGGAUAUGUUCCUCCCAAUUUCUAUCCACAGAAACAGAAUGGACUUGUUGCUGGCAAACAGACAAUCACUAUCCUCCAGAAUACUGGCCAUUUCCAAUUCAAACGCCAAACAGUUACUUUGUAAUGUUUUCAUAUGUUCCAAUCUGCUCUAUUUUUUUAAAUGUUGUUAAGUUGUUUAGUAUUUUUUGCAUGACUUUCAAAAGGACAGUGUCAGCUGAAAAAUCGGAGACCUCCAAAACAUCAAUCUCACUUAGUUAGUUGGUUAGUUGGUUUCGAUAUGACAAUAUCAAUUCAUCUUAUAGGGAUAACUUUACUAUUGCAGAUGUGCUUUUUCCCAUCUUUUCAUUGUAGAAAAAUAAAGAACAGUUAAAAAAGCUAAAACUAGCUCAGGACUUAUAGUUGACGCACCAACUAGACAACUACGAUUUAACAAGCUGUGUAUGUUUUCAUUGGCUUCAUUGUCAUGGCCAGGCAUAAUACAUAUCAGGCAACUUCUCUGGAUGUGUUUUUUCAAUUUUAUAACUUCUGCAUCAAACUGUUCUUUUUUCCUUUCUGGAAAAUUAGUAAUAAAUUCCUUGUGAUUAGAAAUAAAGUUGUCCAAAUUACUUAAGAUCUUACCAGCUCCUUCUAUUGGCUUUGUUCUUACUUUACCAAUUUCAUCUUUUUGCCUAGGUUGUCGCAGAGAGCCCUUCUUCCUGUCAAUAAUUUUGAGAUGUUCAAAGUUACCUUUUUAUUGCUUGAAAAACAUCUAACUUUAUGUCAAUGCCAGGAAAAACAGAUUGAUAAAUGUGUUUCGACUCACAGCAGUUUUUGUUAUUUUCCAUUCACAUACUCUAUGCAUUUCAUCUGUCACAAUAAAGACCUUUCGAUUCUGCAAUUUUAAAGGUGUGAUCUGCACUAAUGCAAACGGCUGGUACACAGGCCUUCAUGCCUUUUAUGUAUAACGACCUUCUGUCAAGUUGUAUAUUAACCUUGGGUUGAACUUGGAAUUAGGUGUGAUUAAAUUUGAUGUCCAUGAUGAUGGCUUUAACAACAAGUGAUGUGUAGGACAUGAGAAACGUAAUUUAAACUGUUCUAACGGAGACCAAAUAAACACUUGAUAUUCGUUAUUUUCUCCCAAUGGCACUAGUUGGCAAUAUCUUCAUUCUGUAGGGCUUGUUCCAAAUUGAGAUAGCAAAUCAUGAAGCAAUUCAUGGGAGGUGACAUUCAAAACAACAGGCUGAACAAGCACAUUAGUGUGUGCAAGAAACAAGAAAUAUAAAAUUACCAUGUUUUCGGAAACUAAAAAAAAAAAAGUUUAAAAUGAAGGCAAACAAAGUUGGAAAAGCUAUAUACAGGUGAUAUGUGAUUUAUAAGGGCUAAAAUUUAAGUUUUAAAAAAAUUAUUUUUAGAUUUAGUUUUUCUCCAUAAAAGAAAACUAUAAAAUAAAUUUCCCCAAAGAAGGUCUCAAACAGCAGGCCUAUCAAUAACACUCGCUCGCCCAGUGUAAAUUAUUAGGCAAGCGAUUUAUUGCUUGGGUGUUAUUUUUUUAUUGCUAGGCUCCUUCGACAUUUGGUCAGGCCUGAUGCUCAAAACAUUCAUUCAUUUAACAUUACUCACUGAAUCACAUAUACAAUAUACAAUAGCAUCUCUCAUUUCAAUAAAAGGAUGCUGUAAUCUCACCAGCAAUGCAAGUGUUUUUUUUAUUAAAAUACUAAACUAACAGUUUUAAGUAAUGUGCUUAAGUCACUUAUACUGACUGACUAAUAAAAAAAAUAAAAGUAAAAAAGUCCAAAAAUUAAAAAUAAACGGGCUUAAGCCCUUUUAUCAUUAAAUAAAAAGAAAUUAAGGCUUUUUUAUCAUUGAAAAUAUUGUAAAAAAAGAGAAGCCUUUGGAAUUGGACUUAAGGCUUUCUAGACGUAGAUAAUAUAGAUAAUUAAAUAGAAAAUAUGAAACUGGUGUUAACUCAUUUUUGCCAAAAAUAGACUUAAGCUUUUUUAUUUUGAUGCGACGAUGUAGUUCAUGUGGAGUUUUUUUUUUGGGUCAUAUAAUUUCAGUUUUGAACAUUUCUGCAACAGGGUGUGUGUGAAUGUUAGGUGAAGAGAUUUAUUUUUUUAAUUAUUAUGAGAUUUUUUUAAAAUUAGAAAUGUAUUAGUAAUUGGUCUAUAUAAUAAGUCUGUAAAAAUAGGUAAAAAAAAUUUCUUAAGAUUCUCAAUUUUAUAUAUUAUGGAAUAUAUUAUUUACAGCUGUGA